AUGGCCCAAUCUACGCUGGACGACUGGGCGAGAGAUCCAGUGGAUCCUGAGAUCCGGGCUCACGUCUAUAGUCUCAUCACAGCUCUCGGUGGUAUUGGUGACGAUGGGACCUACGCGCUCGGAGACGACGCACCUGUCUGUUUGAAAGACCUGCGGAAAUGGUUGAAGUUUGCUGACGGGCAACUGAACCGACGCGAUGUCGCAAGAUGCAUGGCCGAAGCAAAUCUGGUGAAGGGAGAUCUGCUGGAAAUACUGGCUAAAGUAUCGCCGAGAGUUCUCGAACAGACGUUGAAGCACAAACUGGCGGUUGCUACAUUGGAGUUACUUGUGCCCUUGACCUGGCCGUUCGAGAUCGAUCCCGUCGAAGCGACCGUAAACCACCAUCGCCACGGACCCUACGUACAACUCGCCCAGAUUGGCUACAAGCGUGCCAUUCUACAAUUCGAUCGCGACAGGACCCUUCAGACCGCUGUGAAGGUCGCCUUGCCUUCUAUGGCAAUACCACUACGCGAAAGAUCGCCGCGAGACGAAGGCAUCAUCCGUAUUGCUUUGUACUUCAUACGCAACAUCGCUAUGCUCUCGCCGCCGAGCAGCGUACCUAUGGACAUCGACGAAGCAGAAGUGUCUCGUUCGACGACAAUUGAUACCUUCCAAGAGCAGGACAUAUUUCAGGUGCUCCUCAGUAUGUCCUCGAGCAUUGGAGAAGAUUUUGUUGCUCAGGAUGUGGUUCUGCUGGAGAUCUUGUUUUUCCUGCUCAAGGGUAUAGACGCAGAGAAACUUUUCCUAGAAGACAAGAAGUUGAACAGCAGAAAUGCUGAUGAGCUCAAGGACUUGAUGCAGAAAGAAAAGGCAAUGCUUGCAGGCUACGCGCGUACAGCGCCGACACGUCACAACCGCUUUGGCACUAUGAUAUGGUUGAAGCGCGAUGAUGAAAAAGUCACAACUGUCUCAGGGCAGGACGUGCUUGGGAAAGCCCAAGCUAGUAUGGAGAAGAUGGAUCAGACAAAGAAGUGGAACAAGCCACGUCGACCUGGGCGAAAGACCGACCUAGAGCAACAGAGAGAAGAGUUUGAUAUGCCGGUGGCAUUGACCAUCUCUGCACGCACGCACAUCAAAGCUUUUGUUGAAGAGUUCCUGGACUCGUCCUUCAAUCCUCUGUUCCUGCAUUUACGAAAGGCUAUUGAACGCGAGACUGAGCGAGUAGAGUUGCGCCACUCUCGCCAGUUCUUUUAUCUUGUUUCAUGGUUCCUUCGAGCAGAGUGCGCUAGACGGCGAACUAUGAAAGAGAAGGCUGCCGAUCCCAAAAGUGCUGCGGUCCUUACAGCUGAAGAUGAGAGCUAUGGUCUGGUCGCAGAAGUCAUGAACCAGGAGACUUUUAUCCUGUUGAAUCGAUUCAUGCAGAAGAGUCAAGACGAAAAGGCAUGGCAAGAUCUCAAUGCGGGUAUGAAGUGCUUCACUCAGAUUCUCCUCACUGUACAUGAGAUGUCGGAAUCUGGACUAGAAGACGAUCAGGAGAUCGCCGAGAACAUCCAGAACCGUAUUUUCUACGAGGAGUCUACUCACGAUCGCAUUGUUAUGAUCUUACGAUCCUACAAAGAUCAAGGGUUUGGCUACCUUGAUGCAGUCACAGAGCUCGCGCACGUUUUCUUACGCAUGCUGGAGCGUUACGCAAAGCAAAAUGUUGACAUGCAAAUCAAGUCGAAACGACGUGCUCGCAAGAUCAAGAAGAAGCAAGCGCAAACAGGUGAAGCUGAAGGCGAGGACGAUGGCAACGUCUCGGAGAACGAAGAUCUCCAGCAAGCACAGAAGACCGUUACUGAGAGAAAGUUUGACUUCAACCGCUUCGCUGCAAAAUUCGUCAACCAGAGCAGUGUCAACACCUUCGUCGCCUUCGCCCGAUACUUUGCCGAUCUUGACACUGAGCAACUGAAGCGUGCGCACCGCUUCUUUCACCGCGUCGCAUACAAGAUGGAGCUAGGUAUCUUGCUAUGUCGAGUGGAUAUCAUCCAGCUCUUCAAUAAGAUGAUGAAAGGUCCGGGCGGCCUAGAUCCAGAUUCUCCCGCCUAUAAAGAGUGGGACGAAUUUGUCAGACACUUUUUCAGACAGGUCACCAAGAGAGUGCAGGACAGACCGGAGCUGAUAGUCGAGAUGCUGUUCAGCAAAAUUCCCCAGACCCUGUACUUUCUUGAGCAUGGUCACGAUCGAGAGGUUUUUACACGUACACCGCGCCCGCCCGCUGAGCUUGAGGUCAAGCCAGGGAUGGAAAAGCCCGAGCAAAUAGGUGUCGCGGUUGGUGUACUGGUCAACCAGCAGAAGUCAGAUGCUUUACAUUGGAUUCGAGAGGUUCUCACGUCGGCGGCUGAAGAGCGCAAAGCAUGGGAAGACGCAGAUCAAGUCCGCAAAGAACUGGCAGCAGCCGAAACGCUUGAAGGUGAAGCAGCUCUCGACGGCGCUGACACUGAGGCGGCGUCACCACCAUCCAUUCUCGUCAAACCUGACACAGCAGAGCGCAAGGUCGCUGUUUUUAAAGACAACAAGCUCCGCCUGCUGAUGACUCUCGUAGGCUUCAUGAGGUUGGGUGCAAAUGAUGACCCAGAUGCUCCGUGGGUCAUCCCGUCGUCGCUCAUGGCAGCGGAACUACAAGAAGCUAUUGAUUUGAUUCGCAAAUUUGAGUUCGACCCACCCAUCUACGAAGACGGCAAAGCACCGGAGGAUCAUCUCCGCAGCAAGGCAGCCGCAGCGCGUCGGUCGAUGCGUUGCGCCGAGUUUGACGAUGACUCUGAUGGCAUAGAUCGCGAGUCAGAAGAUGAUCGAGGGGAGUACGCGCUGGAUGAUCCAACGUCGCGAAAGCCUGACGGCGUAAGGAAGAAGCUCAAACAACGAAGACGAGCCCACACGCCUGUCGAACUAAACGAUGAGGAACGUGACGCCAAAGCGGAAGCGCGCCGAAAGAAAGAGAUCGAGAAGCUGGCAAAGAUAAAGAGCGCGCAGAUUGUGCAUGAUUCGGAUGAUGAUGAGUGGGACGCGGACAAAGAUGCAGCCUUUUUUGCACGUGAGCAAGCAUUACGCGAGGAUGCUCUAAAUCAUUUUAAGAAGUCACUUGUGCUCGGCACCGUUGAGCCUGUGGUGUCAAAGAAGGCGCUGUCAAAGAAGAGAAAGGCCAACGAGAUAACGAAAAAGAGCAAGAGAAGGAAGUCGCCACCGAGACGUAAAGCAGGACCUUUCGACGACAGCGAAGACGACGAGAACAUGAGCGAUGCUCCCAGUGUCAGCAGUAGAGCAUUGUCGGAGGAGGUCGGAACUGUUGUGAGCGACGCAGAAAGUGACCACGACGCCACAGACACGCCACUCUCUUCACAGCGUGCAGGAAGCAAAGAGUCCGCCCCACACACAUUGACUGCAGCAUCUACAUCUGAGGCUCAGAAUGUCACUAUGGUAGACGGCGACGAUGACGAUGAUGACGACGCACCCGUUGUUCGCAGGCCUACGGCACGGAACCUGAGGGCAGGCUUUGUCAUCGACAGCGACUCGGAAUGA